AUGAGACCAAAAGUGCGAAAAUUUCCGCCAAACGGGCCUGAAUGCGAAGAGCUUCGAAUUCUUUUUUCAACGGAGUACUACGACUUGUUGACUGUCGUUCCGACUACUACGACCACAACUACCACAACAACUUCCACUCAAACGACAACUGCACAGGUUACAACUGAAAAACCUAAAGGCUCUGUGUUGACUAUCAUCAUUGUAAUUGUUGUGGUCCUUCUGUGUAGCUCUUGUGGUGGAGCAAUUGUCUACUUUGUCUUUUUGAAGAAGGGCGGCGACUCUGAUGGAGACAAGUCAAAGAUGGACGAUAAAGGCACAAAAUCUAAAAAGGACGACAAAGGCAACAAAUCAAAAACGGACAAGGACUCCAAAUCUGCCAACUCGGAAGCAGAGACGAAUUCAAAAGUGAAGGAUGCUGAAGAAGGCAAAAAGGAGGGAACUAGUUCUACUGCAAUUGAAGAGACAAAGUCUAUGGGAAAAAUAUAAAUAGAGGGAUCAUGAAGGGGAUAAACAAGAUUCUUCAAUGUGAUAUAAAAUAAUAUUUUCUUGUUAGCCUUGUUAUUUGUCUAAAUAUUUUCCCGUUUCCCCUAUAGCUUUGUUUGUUGACUUAAACAUUGCAAAAUUCAUCCUUAAUAUAUAUUUCUCUGAUAUAAUACAAGCCUUAUGCUGUGCCAUGAUGUUCUGUAUUUAGUUCUUCAGCAUAUUUUUGUGAAUAAAGUUGUAAUUGGUUGGUUGAUUCGAAUAUUAAUUAACUCCCGAAAAACGAUUCAAAAAACGAUUGUCAGUCGAAUUAGCUCAACUAGCUAAGUGGAUCGACAACGGAAUUAAGCUACGAUCUCACCUAUGGUUUGAUGUGUCAACUAUGGGUUAAUCAACUAUUGACUCCCACGUGCCGUAAAAAACCUUGCGUAGUUUUCUACA